GGCAGCGCAGCGUUGGACUUGCCAAUGUUUGUGGUCGUCGGAGCGCAGUCAUCAGGCAAGUCGAGCGUGCUGGAUAACGUGAUUGGCCGCUCGUUCCUGCCUCGCGGGUCGGGCACGGUGACUCGCCGCCCACUCGUGCUGAUGAUGCAGCACCACGCGAGCGAAGAGUAUGGCGAGUUCAACCACCUCCCGGGUCAGCGCCUCACGACCGACGCGCAGAUAUGCUCGGCGAUCGAGAAGGCGACGAUCGAUGAGUGCGGAGAAAAGGGCUUCUCUUCGAGGCCAAUUUACCUCCACUACUAUUCGCCUACCGUGCCCGACCUCACUUUGGUCGACCUUCCGGGCCUCAUCAAAGCACACGCCGCGGAUAUGGACCCGAGCGCUCCUCACAUCAUCAAGACCAUGGUGCUGGAGUUUGCCCAGGCACCAGCCGCCAUCCUGCUGGCCGUGACGCCGGCGCACAGCGACCUCGUCACCUCGGACGCGAUCCAGCUGGCGAGAGAGGUCGACCCCGACGGGCAGCGCACCCUCGGUGUGCUCACCAAGCUUGACUUGAUGGACGAAGGGACCGACUGCUCGACUGCACUCCUCGGGGAGGACCCUCGCGCACCCAAGCUGCGCCUCGGCUACGUGGGGGUCGUCAACCGCGGCCAAAAGGACAUCAACAACGGCGUCGACCUCACGGCCGCACGCGCGCGCGAGCGCACCUUCUUCAAGGAGCACGGCGUGUACGGCCGCCCCGCGAUGAGCGGCGCGCGCCUCGGCACGGAGGCGCUGGUUGCGACCUCGUCGGCGCUGCUGGUGGAGCACAUCGAGCGCUCCCUGCCCAAGCUCAAAAGUCAGAUCGCGGCGCGGCUCGAGGCGUCCGAGGGUGAGCUCGCG